AUGUCUUCCGAUCGUCCUCCAUCUGCCGCGCCGUACGGUACUGCUCCUUCGCAUGCUGAUGCCGAGUCCGUCAUCACCACUUCACGAGAGAAUGGAUUUGAAGUCGCACUCGAGCGCCAGGAAGAGCGCCAGUACAACUCUCAGCAGUCAAAUCGUCAGCAGAAAACUACAACCAAGAAAAAGAAAAACAAACUGGUUCUUGGUUUCAAGAUUGCCAAGAACAUUUGCAAAGUGGCCAAGCGAUCGAGACGAAGUAACGCAUAUCAUUCUACCACCAGCACGACGACUGUCGCUAAAAAGUCGAAAUUUCGACUGAUUUACGAAAGUGCCAAGAAGGCAGUGAAGACAGUGCGGCAUUCCAAUCCUCGUCUUGUGAGCACUUUAGCUCUUGGAGAUCUUGAAGCUACAGUUUCUUUGGCUUCACGUGGCAACUCUCGAGCCGCCAUUGUAGAAGCUACUCGACCUACGUUCCCACUUCCCGCAAUGGCUCAAGAACAAGCGCGACUCGCUUUACCUGCCACCGUGGAUGCUGCCGAGCCGACUGCUCCCGAUUUUCAACGGCUGAUUGAGGAGCUCGAUAUUGUGAUUGCCAUAGAGGAGAAUAUUGUGCGGAGAUCAAACGGCCUUCCAAUGAUGAUCACGAGCGGUCCAAUGUGCAUGGCUCAAGUUCGAAAGACAAUGUACAACACAGAUCAUUUGAGCAAGUACACCAAAAAGCGGCAAAGAGACGAAGACGAUUAUCCCGAUUUAACAGAGCUUUGGGAUGAGAAAAAGUGUCGUUUUGCUGACCCGAGUUUAAUCUAUACUUCUGCUGUUGCUGCUCGACGUCAAUUUUGCUGUUUUUGA